AUGACAUCCCAUUAUCAACCUUUAUAUUACGAGAGUUGUAGUCGAUAUCCCUAUGUCGGCAGAGUAUCCGUAGGAGAGGAGGGUAAUGUUGACUUCAUCUAUCAAUUUGCGAAGAAGAGAUUUGUUUCCAAGAACCAUCAGAAUAUUAGCAUAUAUCACACUGCCCCUGACAUAAUUGGACCACCCAAAUUUCAAAACUAUGGAGAACUAUUUCAUUUACCAUUUCUUUAUGAAAACAUGUUGAGAUACUAUAGCCGUAUCGAUAUUUCGAUAUCUCCAUGGCAAAACAAAGAUAUUUGUGAUGGGGCUGAGUCUAUUUGGCAAUGGAAUCAGACGGAGGAAAAUAAUUAUAUGUAUAUCGAGUUUCAUGAAGCUGUGUAUCCAAUCAGAGUCUGUAUUUACGAAAUACAUCAUCCUGGAAACGUAAUUCAAAUUUCGGCUCAAGAUUCCAAUAAUCACUGGAUUCAGUUGUGGGAUGAAUCGUCUCAGAUUGUACCCCCAAAAUCAAGAUUAUUUUCUCCACCCUUGUCGCAUCAGUGUAACUUUAAAACCAAAAUGCUCAGACUAACAUUUAAAAACAGUUCACGUUUCUCUUACACAGAGCUAGAUGCGGUGAUGCUCAUCGGUACAUCAGAAUUGAUCCUUUCUAGAAAUCCUAACGAGAAUUUAACUAAUCUGUUAAAAAGAAUUAACAGCAUGUACUCUCCAUACCAGCAUGACGAUGCUCAUAAUUUAACAGCAGAUUUAAAAAGUGCACACUUUGAUAUAGUUCAUCUGCAACAGAAUUUUCCCGAAUAUUGUAUUAUUUAUAAAAGCGAUAUAAGAAGGAUUUCUUAUAAGAGUAAUUUGAAGCAAAAAAUAUCUCAGGAAGUAAUCCAUUGUUAUGAGCAACCUCUUGGAUGGAGAUAUUUGCGUCGUAUUUUAUUAAAAAGUCCUUCAAAUUAUGCAAAGCGUAUGAAACUCUCUUCGGAUGAAUCCAAGGACCUAUCACGUUGCAAUUUAUUGGCGCUUCCGUAUGAAAUACUACUAAAAAUAUUAAACUACUUAGAUCUGACGACGUUAUGCUGCAUGAGUUAUGUAGAUGAACGCUUCAAUAAUUUAAUACAGGACCCUCGUCUCUAUGAAGCAACUUUGCUGUUAAUGAUUUCGUAAACUUUCUUGAUAAUUGCGGCAAAAAUUUAACGCACUUAAAAUUAAGUUACUGCAAUGUCGAUUUAAAUCCUACUUAAAAUUUUAGAA